AUGGACAAACUUCUCGCGAAAUUAUCCCCCAAGCCCCAGGCACUUGGUGAACCGGCCAUCGAGAAUGAAGAGAUCCCUCGAAAGAUAUCGGAACAACAGGCCGUGGUUGACCAGAAGAAGUACGCUCUGAUCGGCGGUAUGGAGGCGGAUAGCUCGUCGGUUAUCCCACGUCCAUCUACGCCCCAGGAAGCUCGCAGUUCUACGGAUGAGGCUGGGAGUAAACAAGGUCCCUUCCCAACCGACACACCCGAAGUUAUCCGAUUGAAACGGGAGCUCCUUGCUGCUAACUCCAAGAUCGCUCUCCAAGAGCAGGAGCUUGCUCAAACUCGCGUGAUAAAGCACACAUUGGACCAAGCCCUUGGGCCCCCGUCCGAGGCAGACUUUGGUGGACGUGAAAUAACCGAGCAAACAAUCAGUCACCUACAGAGUGCCUUCAAUGCAUCCAACCCGUCUUUCAACCAGCUUCCGGAUGGAUGGAGCGGCCAAGAUGACUCCCAGUCGGACAUCUCUGACGCUUUGUCCGCCGGUGCCUACAAUAGAACUCGAGGAUUCUGGGUCCCUCCAACACAGCAAGUCUUCGGCAUGGGACUAAACGCUCCUCCAGUCGAUAAGCCAUACGGCGAUCCUUUCCCGCUGCCCUCUAAUGCCACACUCCAAGAAUCGAACCGGUUCUGGAACACUAGGACUCCAAAUCCUACCGUAUCUGGACAAGGCUUUCAAAGUGCCCGUGUGCUUUCUGGUCCUUCACUGGGGGCCUGCAGUAUCGAUGCGCAACUCCCCGGAGACCAGCCACGGACUCUGGAAGGACCUCCCCCACUUCAGCGAAGGUUGACAACCCAGGUCAAUCGCACCGGGGAUUGGUUUUCAACGCAGAGUUCUCCGUGGAGCGCGUUCACUCCUAUACCACAAACUCGCAACCCUCCAAGAUCGCCGGUGAAUCGACAGGAUAGCACCUACCAGCAAGUCGGCUUGUAUCCAAUCCCACCAUACCAUCAGCAACCAGUGGGAACCCCACUGUCACCGACAGCAAACGAGUUCACCUCGACUCAUCUGAACAUGGUACCAUGGGGUACAGCUUCAACCAGUGGGAGCCACACGCAGACAUAUGUCUCGCCAUUGGAGCCGAUAAACUACCGUCGACUUCUUGACAAGAACGUUUCCUGUGACUGGAGAUAUAUAGUGGACAAAAUUGUCUGCAACAAUGACCAACAGGCUUCAAUCUUUCUGCAGCAGAAGCUGAAAGUCGGAACCACCGAGCAAAAGUUCGAGAUUAUAGAGGCCAUAGUACACCAGGCAUAUCCACUCAUGGUCAAUCGUUUUGGAAACUUUCUUGUCCAACGUUGCUUCGAGCACGGGACCCCGGAGCAGAUUGUUGCGAUUGCUAAUGCGAUCAAAGGCAACACUUUGAGCCUUAGUAUGGAUCCUUUCGGCUGCCAUGUGGUCCAAAAAGCGUUUGACUGCGUCCCGGAGGAGCAAAAGGCUGUGAUGGUCCAUGAACUGUUACGCAGAAUCCCUGAGACCGUCAUCCACCGAUAUGCAUGUCACGUCUGGCAGAAGCUUUUUGAACUACGUUGGAGUGGUGAACCGCCCCAGAUCAUGGCUAAAGUCAACGAAGCACUGAGGGGAAUGUGGCACGAAGUUGCGCUGGGUGAAACGGGAAGCUUGGUGGUCCAAAACAUCUUUGAGAAUUGUGUGGAAGACGAGAAGCGUCCAGCUAUCGAAGAGGUACUGGCAAAAAUUGAUGUGCUUGCUCACGGCCAGUUUGGAAAUUGGUGUAUCCAGCAUAUUUGCGAGCACGGCGCCCCCCAUGACAAAAGCCGCGCCAUCAAGCAUAUCCUUCUUUGGUCGGUGGAUUACAGCAUGGAUCAAUUCGCUUCCAAGAUAGUCGAGAAAUGCUUAAAGAUUGGAGGCUCCGAAUUCCUCGACCGUUAUCUUGCACGAGUCUGUACCGGCCGCAGCGACCGACCCAGAAUGCCACUGAUUGACAUUCGUGCUAAGGCUCGGUCGAUAGGAAGCACAUGGUCUCUCUUCGUGGAUCGAAGUUUGGUUCGCGCGUUGCUAUGCUCUGCUGCAACCCGUCCCAGACUACUCGCCCUGGACCAGGCGCUGGAGUUCAGAUCGGCCGGUUUGGCAACUUCAACGACGAUAGGUUCCCAGCCCAAGGGCAGCAUGGCGGACGUUAUAGUCGUGGAAGCCAAUGGAGUCCUGGCUAUGCACCGUUCCGAUGAAGGCGAUACUGCAACGGUAGAUGCCUGCCUUGACACAGUCGAAACAGCCCGAUGCCUGAAAUAUCGAGAAAGCGUCACUCUGCUAUACAGUUCUUACGUCUUGAAGCACGACCGCGACCUUCGGAACUGGUGA